AUGCGUAUAUCCGUCGGUGCUCUGCUUGGCUUGACUGCCCUGAGCCAUGCCACACCAGAGAGGCGGGCUGGAUCUGCGUCGGCAUACUGUUCCAACUCGGCCGGCAACUACAAGCUCUCCGCCAUAGCAGCUCCGGUCCAAGGAGCAGGAACCCCUGGCUCUGAAUCAACCUGGCAAUUGACCGUUGACGACACAUCGUCCGGUCACAAACAGACUAUUGUUGGGUUUGGUGCUGCUGUCACCGAUGCCACGGUCUCCUCGUUCAACAUUUUGUCUGCCUCCGUGUUGCAGGACCUGCUCAAUAAAUUGAUGACAUCUGCCGGAGCGAACUUUGCUUUGAUGCGACACACCAUUGGGGCAUCCGAUCUGUCCGGCGACCCAGCCUACACGUACGAUGACAAUGGUGGCAAUGCCGAUCCGUCACUGUCGGGAUUCAAUCUGGGCGACCGGGGAACGGCCAUGGCCAAGAUGCUGGCUACGAUGAAGUCUCUGCAGCCCAACCUCAAGAUCCUCGGCUCUCCUUGGAGCGCGCCAGGAUGGAUGAAGCUGAACGGCGUCAUCGAUGGCAAUACGAACAACAACAACUUGAACGAUGGAUAUCUGACCAGCGGCGGCACUGGUAGUACGGGCUACGCCAGUCAAUUCGCGCAGUACCUUGUCAAGUACAUCCAAGCCUAUAAGAAUCUCGGUGCUCAGGUCGACGCGAUUACCAUCCAGAACGAGCCACUGUACAGCUCGGCCGGUUAUCCCACCAUGUAUGUCUAUGACUAUGAGUCGGCACAGCUGAUCCAAAACUAUAUCGGCCCAGCUCUUGCCAGCGCCGGGCUCAAUACUGAAAUCUGGGCUUAUGACCACAACACUGACGUCCCAUCGUAUCCCCAGACCGUCCUUAACCAGGCCGGUCAGUACGUCAAGUCGGUCGCCUGGCACUGCUACGCUCCCAACGUCGACUGGACCGUGCUAAGCCAGUUCCACAACACAAACCCUGGAGUGAAGCAAUACAUGACCGAAUGCUGGACCCCCGCCGGCUCAUGGAAUCAAGCGGCUGACUUCACCAUGGGUCCCCUGCAGAACUGGGCCUCGGGAGUUGCAGCAUGGACUCUGGGGACCAACGCCCAGGAUGGUCCGCAUCUGUCCACUGGCGGCUGCGCCACAUGUCAAGGCUUGGUGACCAUUAACAACGGAGGCUACACGCUCAACACAGCGUACUACAUGAUGGCGCAAUUCAGCAAGUUCAUGCCCCCUGGUGCAAUUGUGCUCAAUGGCAGUGGCAGCUACACAUACUCUGGCAGUGGCGGCAUCCAGUCAGUGGCUUCGUUGAACCCCGAUGGAACCCGCACUGUGGUCAUUGAAAACACUUUUGGCAAUGAUGUCUACGUGACUGUCACUACCAAGAGCGGACAGCAGUGGAGUGGGAACGUUCCUAGCCAAUCUGUGACCACCUGGGUUCUUCCGGCUGCUUGA